CUUAUUACGUCAUUACAAAAGACCUUCCUGUCCCUCGUGUCAUAACAUGUCGUCUUUUAACGGAGCAUUUUGGCAAUGACAACACAUUGACAACCCAGCUGAAUUAAAUUUGGGAAUCGAGGAUUUUUUUGCCGAAGCCAUGCCUCGCUACGAACUGGCCCUCAUCCUAAAGGCGAUGCAGCGCCCGGGGACAUCAGCUGCUCUCCGGCGGACAGUGGAGACUCUGAUGGAGCGGGGCGCCGUGGUGAGGGACCUGGAGAACUUGGGGGAGAGACUGUUGCCCUACACAAUAACUAAACACAAUCAGAGGCACAACAAAGGGUCUUACUUUCUAGUCGAUUUCUACGCAGCCCCCAGCAUCCUUACAGGCUUACUGGAUCACCUACACCGAGAUGUGGACGUGGUGAGGCCCACUGUGCUGAAGAAGGACGACCAGGUUGCCAGCAGUAACUGCUGUGGCCCCCAACAGUGAUUUAAUGUUUUCACAGCUCAUAUCCAGACGAUGUACAGUGUGACACUUCCCUCUGACCUUUUCCAUAGAUGUUGACCUACAUUUGGAUGAAACAUCAUAAUAAACAACUUUUCUAUCUU